ACUAACGAGUUGCCUGGUUGGACUCGGGGUUUCGGUGGUCUGGAAGUGACACCCGGUGGUAUCUACGUGUGCGGAUUACAUGGCACAGUGGAUGUAUUUCAUCCGACCAGUCCGAUCGUUCCCAUGGGCCACAUACCAAUUGCCGAGCGAAUUCCCGGUUCACCCACAUGUGUACGUUAG